AUAAGAGAUGAUUUAAAUAUAAAUCGUUUUAUUUUAUUAGUUUUUAUAUUUGUUUGUUCAAUAAUUUUAUUAAUUAUUAGACCUAAUUUAAUUAGAAUUUUAUUAGGUUGAGAUGGUUUAGGAUUAAUUUCUUAUUGUUUAGUAAUUUAUUAUCAAAAUAUUAAAUCUUUUAAUGCAGGUUUAUUAACAAUUUUGAUAAAUCGUAUUGGUGAUGUUGCUUUACUUUGUUCAAUUUCUUGAAUAUUAAAUUAUGGAAGUUGAAAUUAUAUUUUUUUUUUAAAUUUUAUACAAAUUAAUUUAAACAGAAGAUUAAUUUUAUUUUUUAUUUUAUUAGCUUGUUUUACAAAAAGAGCUCAAAUUCCUUUUUCUUCAUGAUUACCUGCUGCUAUAGCAGCUCCUACACCUGUUUCUUCUUUAGUUCAUUCUUCUACUUUAGUAACAGCAGGAGUUUAUUUGUUAAUUCGAUUUAAAGAUUUUUUUAUUAUCAAUAAUUUAUUAAUUUUUUGAGGUGUAUUUAUUUCAGUUUUAACAAUAUUGAUAUCAGGUUUACAGGCUAAUUUUGAAAAUGAUUUAAAAAAAAUUAUUGCUUUAUCAACUUUAAGACAAUUAGGGUUUAUAAUAAGAAUUUUAUUUUUAGGUUUUUCUAAUUUAGCAUUUUUUCAUUUAUUAACGCAUGCAUUAUUUAAAGCUUUAUUAUUCAUAUGUGCAGGAAUUAUUAUUCAUAAUUUUAAUAAUUUACAAGAUAUUCGUUAUAUAGGAUGUGUAAGAAAAUUUUCUCCGUUUAUAAGAGUAUGUUUUAUAUUUGCUAAUUUUUCUUUAUGUGGAUUUCCUUUUUUAGUGGGGUUUUAUUCAAAAGAUUUAAUUUUAGAAUUUAUGUUAUUUAAUAAUAGUUAUAAUAUUUUAUUAAUUGUUUUAAUUUUUUUUUCAACUUUAUUAACUAUUUGUUAUACUUUUCGAUUAAUUAUAUUUGUAAUUUUAAAUAAUUUUAGUUUUUUUCCUUCAAAUUUUUUAAAUGAAAAUUCUUGGGGGAUAAAUUUUAGAUUAAUUGGGUUAAUAAUUAUAAUUAUUUUUGGAGGGGGAGUUAUAAUAUGAAUUAUUAUACCUAAUUCAAAUUUAGUUUUUUUACC